UAAAGUGAUAUUUUUUGUCAAAAUAGGGAAGGAAAUAUUUGGAAACAUGGCUGGGAAACCCAAGCUUCAUUACUUUAAUGGAAGAGGUCGAAUGGAAACCAUCAGGUGGAUGUUAUCUGCUGUUGGAGUUGAGUUUGAAGAACAAUUUAUCGAGUCAAAGGCAGAUCUAGAAAAACUAAAGAAAGAUGGAUUCCUGCUCUUCCAGCAAGUGCCCAUGGUGGAAAUCGAUGGGAUGAAGUUGGUGCAGAGCCGAGCCAUUCUCAACUACAUUGCAGAAAAAUAUAAUCUCUCUGGGAAGGACAUCAAGCAGAGGGCACUAAUUGAUAUGUACAGUGAAGGCGCUUGGGACCUGGGUGAAAUGGUCAUGCAAUUACCCUGGAAAUACAUUGAUCCGAACGAGAGGGAGAAGGAAAUAAUCAUGAUCCUUGGGAAAGCGAAUGGCAGAUAUUUCCCAGUUUUUGAAAAGGUCCUGAAAGAUCAUGGACAAGAUUUUCUGGUGGGGAAUCAACUCAGCAGAGCAGAUAUCCAGCUGUUUGAGACCACUUUAGCAAUAGAAGAGCUGAAGACCGAUGUCCUCUCCAAGUUUCCUCUUUUAAAGGCUUUUAAAACAAGAAUGAGCAACAUUCCUAACAUUAAGAAAUUUCUUCAGCCUGGUAGUCCAAGAAAACCACCUGUGGAUGAGAAAAUGGUUGCAGAAGCAAUCAAAGUUUUCUACUGAGUUGUUCAGCUGAAG